UUUUGUGGAAAGUGUGUUGGAGUUCCACUUCAUGGCUCUGCAGCGUCAGGGGUUGGAUUUCACGGAGAGGGAAAGGCAGUCUGACUGGAUUAUACCGGGAUGAAGUGAAGUUUUUGGAAGGAUUUAUAGACGGGUUCCUGUUGGACUCUGGAUGCCGGGGCCCCGCGGUUUAUUGAAAGGCUUUCUUGUGAUUCUUUUUUGAGAGCGCACAGAGCUACAGCCCCUCUCUGCCAUGGACAACCUCAGCAUGGAUAACAUGACGGUGGAGAACGACACGUCGGCGCAGGACAAUCAGACCCUGGGCGCUUGGACCGAGUACACCGUCGAGUACAAGGUGGUCAGUGUGUUCCUGGUGUCCCUCAUAUGCGGGGUGGGGAUCGUGGGGAAUGUGAUGGUCAUCCUGGUGGUCCUGACCACCAAACAUAUGCGGACUCCCACCAACUGUUACCUGGUGAGCCUGGCCGCGGCUGACCUGAUGGUCCUGACGGCCGCCGGGCUGCCCAACAUCACCGACGCGCUGUACGGCCAGUGGGUCUACGGCUACGCGGGCUGCCUGGGCAUCACCUACUUCCAGUACCUGGGGAUAAACGCGUCCUCCUGCUCCAUCACCGCCUUCACCGUGGAGCGCUACAUCGCCAUCUGCCACCCCAUCCGGGCGCAGUUCCUGUGCACUCUCUCCAGGGCCAAGAAGAUCAUCAUGCUGGUGUGGGCGCUCACUUCUGUCUACUGCGUCAUGUGGCUCUUUCUGUCGGACACCAAAAAGUUGGUGUAUGACAACGCGGUGCUGCUCAGCUGCGCCUACAAAGUGUCCAGGAGCCACUACCUGCCCAUUUACUUCACGGAUUUCGCGGUGUUUUACGUGCUGCCUCUCAUGCUGGCCACAGUCCUGUACGGACUGAUCGGCAGGAUACUUUUCCUGAACCCGCUGCCGUCAGAUCCCAAGGGCAGCGCCAGGAAUCGGAAGAAGGAGACGGGUCCCGGAGGGAGGGUGAUCAGCGCCAGCUCGUCCAGCAGCACCACGGCGGCCUCCCGCAGACAGGUGACAAAGAUGCUGGCUGUGGUGGUGAUCCUCUUCGCCUUACUGUGGAUGCCCUACCGGACCCUAGUGGUGGUCAACUCCUUCCUGGACAAGGCCUACCUGGACAACUGGUUCCUGCUCUUCUGCCGUCUCUGCAUCUAUUUUAACAGUGCCAUUAACCCGGUCAUCUACAAUGCCAUGUCCCAGAAGUUCCGCGCUGCUUUUAAGAAGCUCUGUCACUGCGGCCCUCAGCGCUUGGAGAAACCGGCUUCUUACAGUGUGGCGCUCACCUAUAGCGUCAUCAAGGAGACAUCCAAUGGAGAAAGUCCCGACCACUUCACUACAGAAAUGGAUGAGCUAAACACACCGACAGAUCAGUACCUGCCCACCAGCAUCCUGCCCACCAAAAAGAGGAGGGCUUAUGAGGAGCCAUCCCUGUCUGGAAGUGUUGUCAAAACCUGACUAAAAUCAAGCUUAGUCCACCUAAAAAGGAUAUCAGAGAGUCUGACAGCUUCAGUCACCCAUUGGACAUUUUAGAGUAGUUUUAAUUAAAGGUACACAGACGCUUAUUAUUUAAUUUCUCUAAGGUGUUUUCUCUUAGAAGUGUUUCUUUUAUUUGACAAGCCCAUUUGCCAGAAGCCAAAUAACAUGGAGCAACAUGAGCUGCUAUGUAGGCUUUUGCGUAUUUUGUACAAAACAAGUGAAAGGAGUUAUCAUGAGCUGUCCAAAAUAGAGUUUGAUACAUAUGUACAGCAGUGAAGAGAGAGAGAGAGAAAAAAAUCCCGUUCAUGUAAUGUAUCUGGAAAACAAGAAACAUUAGUUGUUAAUGCAGGGUGUGAUUCACCUAACCUGUAGGACAUAAUGCAGGGACACCUUUGUAUAAACAUGAACCUAAACUGCCACAGGAAAAAACCCUUAUGAGUGCAGUACGGUUUGUUACACUGGUGUUUUCUCCGAGAGCCUCGGAGAGUAGUUUGCUGUCUACAGGGGCUAGAUGUAGCCAAAGUAUCUUAAAUUCCACUGACAUCUUACUACCUCGUUUAUUCCCAACAGCUCUUUGAGCUGUCGCUUUCUGCGCUAACACAAAAAAGUUUCCUCAAAGGGCCUAUUUUGUGAACUAAACCAACCUUGCUUGAAAAGGGCGCUGUCUGUAGACUAUCUAUAGACUAUGAAUAGUGUUGAGCAGUAACACAUUACUGUGUAACAGUAACAUGAUUAUUUUUUUUCGGUACCAAGUAGUGUAAGGAAUUAUAAUUUGAAAUUCAGGAAUUACAUUAGUGACUAAUCCCAGUAAUGCUUUCCGGACAAUUUUGGACUUUCUGUCUUACUGGUAGUCUGAUGGAAGGUUGAUAUGAGCUCGGUCACUGUGCGUUAGGUGGACAAACUACCUUGGUGGGGGGCUGGGCUAGCGAUUAAGAAGAAAAUGCAGAUACCUGUAACUCUAAAGUAAUCUUAUAUAUAUAAUGUGUCUUAUUAGCGGUCUUGCUGAUGUAACCUACUGGGUAACGCUACAUACAGGAAUAUGCUGGUUUUGUUUAGAGAUGGAGGGUCGUUUGAACCCUGCAGCUCCUCCAGUGAGGACUGGACUUCACGCAGUCGGGGGGGUAGCAUUAGGGUAGCUGUUGAUGUUAAGUAAAUACCUACAAACAGUGGGCUGGCUGUUUAUUAAACCACAGCGUCUUAUUUUCUUUUUAUUUAUUUGUACUUUCUUUUUUCUAUCUUAUUUUUCUACAUGCGUUAAAUAUAUAAGCUGUAACAUGUGUGAGCAAUGUAACUAUUUACUUUCUGGUGAGUAAUUAGUAAAGUAACUUAAUUGCUUUUUAAAUGAGUAAUAUCUAUUGCAUAAAUAAUUAAAUUUUUAAACUGAUUGAGUAUUUUGUCAAACAAUGUAGCUUAUUGCCAGUCUAUCAAAGUGUCUAAUUUUUUAAUCAGGGAAAUUCUCUAUUGUGAUCAGUGUUUAUCUUCUUUACAUCACCCAGCCCUAGAAUAUAAUUGUAACAACACAGCUGUACCCAGGUUUUACAGAUUACUUGUAGCAAACGUAUUUCCUCGUGUAUCUCCCCACCAGAAGCCAUGUAAUCCAAAUGAAUCCAAAUGCACAGCACCGUGACAUUUUAAUCUUGCUACUAGAGAGAAAGCACAGACAUGGAAUUACAUGACCUUUUAAAAAGGCCCAAGCAAGGAAAGGGACAGAUAUUACAGAAACUCACAUGAACCUGCUGUGUUAAUUGAAAAGUCACCUGAACUCUAUAUAUCACCUUAAUGUGUCUAUAUAUACAUAUAUAUCUAUCUAUCUAUAUAUAUAUAUGUAUAUAUAUGUGUGUGUGUGUAUAUGUUGCUUUGGUCACUGUGAAGACAACCACUGUUGACUGUCUUUGAAGAGGAGGAAUGUCAGUGGCCAGUGUAUAAUAAUGAGGGAGAAAUGUGUAAACCCAAUGUGCAGACAGAGAGGCUGUUCGUCGAAGGAUCAACUAACUGUCGUGGCAGUAAUUCACUGAUAUUGGCUGAGACUGCAGAGUGCAGCCCAUCUCUGUGAUUUAUCAGCUCAGCAAAACCCACAGAGGAGUGACAGAAUGUGUAAAUAGAUCACGGCAAAGUGCCAUGCUUGAGCUGGUGCAAUUCAGUAUGUACAGUGUAUAGCUCAUCCUGCUAUCAAAAGAAGAAUUUUCUGCUGUUUCUUUGAGCUACGCAUAUGUGUAAAUUGCAGGGCACUCAGAGGCAAUGAACACCGAGUGAAGUCAAUGAAAGGGACCUGUUUCGUACUGAAAAGCGGGCUUUUUGUCUAUAUUGUAAAGUUGCCUGAAAUUGAUUGUGCAGUACAAUGUGAAAUUAUAUGAAUAUUGUGUUUUCAAAUGUGUGCCAGUGAGUGCAUUUUUAAAACAAUAGCUUGUUUUGAUCCACUGUUCCAUCAGUGUGUGUUUUCUAUGAUUUCAAACCAGUCCGUGGAAGCUAAUAAUCUCCAAAGUGGAACAGCUGAGAAAAUAUAGUUGUUAGUCAAUAUUUGUAGCGUGAAGUACCUCAAAUUUGUGCACUUUUAUUACUUUCCCCUUUUGUUCUCAGUUUAAACUUGUUUCAUUUUUGGGAAACUACCAAACAGUUGUGAUGGAGAUGUUUUCUGCUCUGCACGCCGCACGGUCUUCAGCAUGACCACAAGCUUUUGUGAUGUGAACACAAAGAUGAAAAAACCUGAUGCCUGAUGUAUCUGCAUCCCAGGCCAUGCUUUGUGCACAUGUCUCUCUCAAGGUAGCCUUUUCUG